GGGUAGCACAAAAGGGAUUGAGAGUGGAUGGAUUUGAUCCGUUGUUGCAACACAUGUACGUGAAAUGAGUGGAGCGAAGCUUUGAUUGCAACGAAUUUCUUCUACUCUUUCUCACCAUGGAUUGCCAAGAAAAUGAGUACUGGGACCAAUGGGGACGCUGUGUCACUUGCCAGCAGUGUGGUCCUGGGCAGGAACUCUCCAAGGAUUGUGGUUAUGGAGAAGGUCGAGAUGCAUACUGCACAGCCUGCCCUCCCCGGAGGUACAAAGACAACUGGGGCCAUCACAGAUGUCAGAGUUGCAUCACGUGUGCUGUCAUCAAUCGUGUCCAGAUGGCCAACUGCACAGCUACCUCUAAUGCUAUCUGUGGGGACUGUCUUCCCAGGUUCUACCGAAAGACGCGUAUUGGAGGCCUGCAAGACCAAGAAUGUAUACCAUGCACGAAACAGACCCCCACUUCUGAGGUUCAGUGUGCUUUUCAGUUGAGCUUAGUGAAGGCAGAUGUACCCACAGUGCCUCCACGGGAGGCCACACUUGUUGCACUGGUGAGCAGUUUGCUGGUGGUGUUUACCCUGAUCUUUGUGGGACUCUUCUUCCUCUACUGCAAGCAGUUCUUCAACAGACAUUGCCAGCAUGUUACAGGAAGUUCGCUGCAAUUUGAGGCUGAUGAGGCAACAGAAGAAUCUGCCUUCCCCAUGCCACCUGGCCAGGAGACCAGUCCUGAGCACCCACUGAGUGAGAGCAUCUUUGAGAACAAGCCACUUAACCCCAUUCUGGAUGACGACUGCAGCUCAACUCAUGUCUUCCCCACACAGGAAUCCUUUACCAUGGCUUCCUGUGCCUCAGAGAGCCACACCCACUGGGUACACACCCCUAUUGAAUGCACAGAGCUGGACCUGCAAGAGUUUUCCAACUCUGCCUCCUAUACUGUAGCUGAGACCUUGGUGGGGAACACAACUGAAAGCUCUGGAGAUAGGCUGGAGCUCAAUGUUCCCUUUCAAGUUCCCAGCCUUUAACUCUACUGAGGUAAGCUCAAAAGGUGGGACAGAAAGUCCAGAAAGUAAUGGCUGCCCCUGAGGAAUUUCUGUGUGUAGUUUAAUAGGGCUGGAGUGAAGGAACAGCAGUAUGUGAGGAACAGUGGUGGGUGGGGGAGUAAUUGUAGUGAUAUUAAUCUUUUAAGCCAGUCAAACCUCACACUUCUGGAUUAGGUUUAGACUGCCUUCAGUCACAAUUUACAUAUCCCAUAUUUAUCUGAUCUUCAUAACACUGUGUUUUUGUAAGCAGGUCAAGAUGCGUUAGCCUCACUGCAUGGAGAUGGCAACUGAUUUACUUCAAAUCACAGGGUGAUUCAGUUGCAGAACUAGGCUAGAGCCAAAGUUUUAAGCCUCCAUUCUAGAACUCAUCCAACUCCACAUGCAAAUAAUCUGUAGAUAAGGUCAUUUUCUGAAAGCCUGAGCUAUGAGACAGGUAAAUGGGCAGAUUUUAAAUUUUUAAGUAACCAACUACUUUUCACAAUGCUCAUUUCCAUAUUUCAUCAGCUAAGCUAUUUCCAACUGUCCCAUAACUUUUCCUUAUAUCCUACCUAAAAAGAUAUGAACAUUAUACAUUUAAAAGCCAUGACUGAUACUAAACUAGUCAUCCUCUGUACCUUCAAGGUUUCAAGGUAAUCUAUUCCAGUGCUCCCUGUAAAACCUUCAAUCCAUACUUAAGUAUAUUUUUAUAAUAUACUUUGAAUAUCUCUUAUCUGAAAUUAUUGAUACCAGAAGUAUUUCAGAUUUUUUUGGUAUUUUGGAUGAAUUGUAUAUACAUAAUGAGGUAUCUUUAGGUUGGGACCAAAGUUUAAACCAAAACUCAUUUAUAUUUCGUAUAUAAAUGGCAAGCAAGUGAUUUUAUGCAGUGUUUUUAGUGUACUUGCAUUUUGACUUCAAUCAGUCAUGUGAGAUCAACAUGUGGAAAUCGUGGUGCUCACAAAGUUCCAAAUUUGGAUCAUUUAGAAUUUUUGGAUUGGAAUUCACAACUUGUUUCUACACUAAGAAUUUAUAUAGUCCUCCAUUACACAUUGACAGAGGCAGAGGGUUCACCAUUGGUCAAUGGGUAGUACAGCUAUACUAGUAGAUUUGAGCUCAAUAUAAAGAAAAUGCUUUCUGUCUCGCUGGGGCCUGGCUGUGUUCUAUGGGCCACACAGACUUCAUUUCCUUUCUCAACCUUGUUAUAAUGCUACAGAAGUGUGAAGGCAGCAUUUUAUCCCUCUGGAAAGUACCACUUUAGGUUCUUCUAAGGUAUGUAGGGCACAGAACUAAACCCAAUUUCAUGAAGAAUUAUUCCAUUAGUUUAGAACAUGGUCAAUUUUUCAUCUCCCCAUGUAAGUGAUGUAUUUCUGCUCUUGGAUACUAUACCACUGAUCUAACUCAUGAUUGGGAGGGGACUAGGGAGAGGAAGUAAAUACUGAGAUUGGCCCCCACCUUUCUAACUUGGCUUUGCUCUCUGCAUAGGUCUCUCUUGCUCCUGACAGCCUUAGCUAGUCAUUCUUCCUAGACUGGCCUUAUUACUAUGCCAGACCAGCAACAAGACCUGGGAUAUGGUGUCCACAAGAGCCAGUACUCUGCAAUGGGGUAUAUUCUAUCCCAUCUUAUAAAGCAUUGAUUCCUCACCAUUUCCCCAGGACUAACCUGCAAGAUUGUUUUCUUCCAUGUUUCAGCCUGGAGAUCCAAAUUCCCCAGCCUGGAACUACUGGAAAUAUUCCUAAUUUGACUUGAUUGUAGAAAAGCACAGAGGGAAUGACAUAAAUAGAAUUAGAGUUUUCCUGCUUAUGUGUUGGUCUUGUGAGCUUUAAGAAAGGAGGCUCUCAGAACUUUAAUGGCAUCCACAUAGCCCUUUAGGGACAAAAUGAAACCAUUUUCUUUUAGCUCCUCAACAGUCUCCCUUCCCAAUACCCCAACAUACAAACACACACACACACACACACACACACACACACACACACACACAGAGACAGCUCUUUGGAGAAGGCUGGCACCAUGAUUCCCCAACUCGUAUCCUAUGAAACUCUAUAGCUUGCCCAUUUUUUAGGGCCUUCCUCCUUCCUCACAAAUAGGUCUAUAGCCUUCUCUAGUGGGGAUUCAAAGCAGUGGCUUUUCCUUUUAAAAUGGGUUUUCCUAAAGUCCUUUUCAUUUUUAUUUCUUUUCUCUUUUUGUCUCUUUUCUACUCUGGACUUUGAGAUGAAGUGAGUUCCUGAGAUCUUGGAGGGGCUACUGAAGAGCAAAUGUUCUCACUCGUACCUGUUUCUAGGGAAGAUCAGGGACAAUUUGGUGCUUUCCUGGUUUGGUGAAAAGUCAACUUAUUUUUUCUGAGCCUUCACCACCAGUUUUAUAUGCUUCUUAGCAUAAAAUGGAAUUCUUUUUAUGGCCUUCCAGUGGAAUAGGACAGAUGAGACCCUCAGGCCUCAAGUGUGAACAUCAGGUAUUGUUUUUUAAGUCUCUUGUCUGUGAUGAGACACUUGGGCUGUUACCCACACCCUCAGAAUAGCUCGGGUUUGGAAGGAAGACAGGUUUAACUUAGUGGAUCAACUGACUACUUUUUUGGGGAGCAGUUUAUACAGUUUGGAAUGAUUGAUAUGCCUUAAUUUGUAAAAACUAAGACUGAAAAUAUGGCAUCAUUAUCCUGAGUUAAGGAUGUUGGAAUCCACUACUUAGAUGGGUUCUGCACUUUACAUUUUGCAAUAUGCUUUACAUUAAUCAUCUCACUGGAUCUUUACACAGUGUCUGAGGUAGGGAAGGCAGGAAUUGCCAUCUGCAGUUUUCUGAAGAAGAAGCUAAGCCCCAGAGGUAGAAAGGGGCUGCACUUAAGUUACUCCAAAACAAAAAGUUAAAUAGCAAAGCUGGUGUGCUUUCGGAACCUCUUUGAUAUCUUAAAAUCUUUGUUUUCUGGAAGACAAUAUUUUGGAUGGGAGGAUGUUGGUUUUCUUGGGAUAUAUGUUUCAGAACCACCGUGCUUGGAAAGAAAAAGGGUAAAGCAACAAAUAAGGCCCUCAUGUCUGCAUGUGAGUGAAGGAGGUUCUUUGUCUACCGUAGCAAGCCUGACCUCCCUAUUUCCUGCUAGUUUUCCCUGCCCCCUACCAUCUACCUGGGUAAUUUUUGGCCAGGUCUGAACUCAGUGAGAAGCUACAGCUUUCUAUUUGGCACAGUCCCACCAAAGUUCAAAAAGUCAGAAUGGUUACAAGGUACAGGGGUGGAAAAGAGUCUACAAUCUAUCUUGUCUCUCUGCCCCUGAGGUGUGGAAGAGGCGACUAAGAGUGGAGCCAGCUGGAACAUUCAUCCCUUUUGCUCCCACUCUCACUGCAUUUAUCCUUUGUGCAGUUUAAGAGUCUCUGAAUUUGGUUGGGGUGAUUUGUGGCUUAAUUUUAUUUAAAGGCUAAAGGAGGCAAUUCUCUUGCCUACAAGUAGAUUGUAGGUAUUUAAUCAAAACUGUCAAUAACAACACUUCAGUGCUUUACAGUUUUAAAAUAUUAUAUAUAUAUUUUUUUUGGUACCAGAACUCAAACUCAGGACCUUGCACUUGCCAGGCAGGCACUUAUGCCACUGAGCUAUAUCCCUGGCCCUAAAAUGUUCAUUCAUAUACUGUGCAUAAAGAUGAAGAAACUGAGACCCAAACAAUAAUGACUUAACCAGGAUAAUUCACAUUGGAGAAAGACAGCCUGCUGUGACCUUCCACUCCCAAUGUCAAUUGUAGAUACCAUGAUUGAGAAUAGAGGCCAGGGAAAAGCAAGUAGAGUAGAAACUGCCCUUGGCAAUGGCAGAAGGAAAGAUAGGGAUAUUUAAGGGCCCUCUGACGUUAUGUUUCUUCACUAGACACUGCCUAAAUGAUCUUUAAAGAUAUACGAGAGCUUUAUGAGAUGGAUUAAUGUAGGCUAUCUCUACCAUCAGGAAAAUCAACUGGUUUCAUAGACAAUUAAAUGGUGCCAAAGCAGUAGUAGUGUGCUUCAUUGAAAAAUGACACAAGAUUUUAUUGGCAUGUUGGUCUAGCUAGGGUAGAAUGGGGGAUCUCUUUCUGUUUGUCUCCAGUUCUCAUUCCUUAGGGCCUAUAAGAGUUUCUCUGCCUUCUUCCAGAUUCCCCCAAUGCACAGCACUCCUGGGUCAUCUGGAGGAUCCUGUGUAUUUUGAGGUGCAAUGAUCUUGAGUUUCAGCAUAGGGCAGAGCAUGCAGCUUUCCUCCAGUAGGGGGCAGAAUUGGUGUUUUCCUUCUUAGAACAUUACAGAACAUUUCUGAGCCAAGGUAGCCUUCCUUCUGGGGAAUAGGUUCCCAAAACUACCUCCUAGUAACUCCCCAAAGAUAUGUUCAUAUGAAUUUAGUGUUAAUUGAGUGAGCAGAGGAAAGAGGGCGCUCUUCCUUUUUCUAUUAAUGUAUCACUACAUACCAGCUAACCUACCAACCCCUCCCACUUCAUUAUUUUGAAGUGAUGUUUUACCUUUAGCUGUCACCUAUACAUUUCAUGACCAGAGAGAGACAAGUUCCUUGGAGAUAAUUAUGGUUUGUGUCUGGAUAUUCCCUCAAAGCCUCAUGCAGUCAUGGGGCAGGUUUCUAGAGAUUAUGAUUGAU